AUGCCCGAAAAAUUAUUGACUACUACAAGUUGUUCGGAGGAAACAGAAGCACCUGACACCGUAGAGGUUGAUCCCGGUGACGAAGAUAGCAAGUCACAAGAAGCAGCGUCAAAAACGCCAACUGUGGUGCCAACUACGGUACCUAAUUUGGCACCUUUUCUACUUCGUCCACCCCUUACAAUGACGCAAUUAUUAUAUGAGCAACAGAAAGUGAUAUUCGCACAGCAACAACAACAACAAACAAGCAUAACUUCUUCAAAUGGUUCCACUAAUUCCCUUUCAAACGGUUUUUCGGUGGCGGCAUUAGCGAAACCCAGCGAAACAAAUUCGUUCCUGAAUUCUCCAUUCGCAAUUUCCGCCCUAACAGCUACAACUACGAGGAGCAAAGCAAUUCACAGGAAGGAUAGCGAUGAUGAGCGACAAAGUAAUAAUAAUGCAGGUGGCAGCGAGUCUUCAGCAGGAACAACCGGUCACAGUAUGAAGCCUUCCGUAUCAAAUGAUUUUUCGGCCGUCAGUGACCGACCGUCCUCUUGCUCCAACAGUCCUGAGGAUAACGGAAAGCGGAAACAGCGCCGAUAUCGGACAACAUUUUCCGCUUAUCAGUUAGACGAGUUGGAAAAAGUAUUCGCAAGGACACAUUAUCCUGAUGUUUUUACCAGGGAAGAAUUAGCACAACGAGUUAUUCUUACGGAAGCAAGAGUUCAGGUUUGGUUUCAAAAUCGAAGGGCGAAAUGGAGGAAGCAAGAGAGAACUUCCGCAGUACACCCUUACGGACACACAGCUUCCCAUGUUCCGCGGACCUCUCAUCCUCUAAUGCAACCACAUCCUUACGCGCUCCUUGCUGCUGCCGCUGUGCAACAGUCCGCUGAGAAUAGCGCCGAUCCGGCAGCAAUCAUGGCUGCGAUGACUGCACAGCAUCAAGCAAUAGCGGAAUCGAUGAUCAGUCCGGCUGCGGCAGCAUUUAUGGCGACAACGCCUGCUCUGUUGAACGCUACUGCCCUGACAGCCACUUCAUUAAAAGAUACAACGGAACCGCUCCGUCGCUCUCCGGCUGCAACCAUUGCUGGUACAAAUAACGAACCGAAUAUGACGAAUUCGGACGGAGCCAGCACAUCAACUCCGGUAAGCACGGUUGCAUCAUCUGUAAGUCCGGAAGUUGACCGAUCACGACCGAUCGGAGGUGUCAGUCAAGCGGUCUCCCUAACCAAAUUGCCUACAUUUGUUCCAGCAAUAAGUACCACAAAUGGUGCCGCUAUAACUACAGGAACUGAUCUGACGUCCUUUGUACUUAGCGGUUAUCAGCAACAACUUGCAGCUGCUAAUUACAUGCAGCAUUUGCAACGAAUGAUUGCUAUGGAGAAUCUGUCCAAGCAAUAUUCAGGAAUAUGGCCCGGAACUACUGCUACUGCGACAUCCCUAGUCGGAAGCGGAGGUUCAUGGUCCGAAACUCAGCAUAUGUUUGCACCGCUGAUGAGUAGUAGUGCAGCCGUAACAGGCACCAUAAAGUCACCGGUUAAUUUGACAAAUCCAAAAGAUGGUUCAAAAAAAUAG